UGGCAGGACUGCUUUUCCUGAACACGCUGCAAGCACGUGAAGGUAGUUGGGAGUCCACUAGCCAUGGAUAAAUUCGUCAUUCGAACGCCUAGAAUCCAGAAUAGCCCUCAGAAGAAAGAUCCUGGUGCAAAGAUUUAUAAGCAGGCCACGAUUGAAUCUCUUAAGAGAGUUGUGGUUAUAGAAGACAUAAAAAGGUGGAAAACUACGUUGGAGCUUCCUGGUCAGACCAGAGAGAAUCUAGUUGAAGCUUUACGAGAAUUAAAGAAGAAAAUACCCUCCAGGGAAGUGUUAAAAUCAACAAGGAUAGGUCACACUGUGAAUAAGAUGCGUCAGCACUCAGAUUCAGAAGUGGCUUGUCUUGCUGGAGAAGUUUACACUGAGUGGAGAACUUUCAUUGAAAAACAUUUAGAUAGACCUUCUAUUGAAGUGCGAAGUGACCCCAAAACUGAGACAUUCAGGAAAAAUGCCCAGAAGUUACUCUCAGAAGCCUUGGAAUUAGAGAUGGAUCACCUACUGGUUGAAAAUAUUGAGCGGGAAACGUUUCAUCUCUGCUCCCGCCUCAUUAAUGGGCCAUACCGGCGGACGGUGAGAGCCCUGGUCUUCACAUUAAAGCACCGAGCUGAAAUCCGGGCGCAGGUGAAGAACGGCUCGCUGCCAGUCGACACGUUUGUACAGAACCACAAAAAAUGA